GCAAUUUGGUUUUUCCCUAUACCGCCUCUCUGGCAUGAUCAAUGCCAUGUUUGUCCAUCGCGAUGUGGCGCCAUUGCUUGGCGGAGCUGAGGUUGAUGAGGUCUUCUGCUUCAACAACGUGUGGCAGGACCACUCAGUAAUCCGCUACCUCCACUGGGAGCUCAUUCACGACUGGCGGACUGGAUCCGUUGAUGACGCGCUGCAUCACGCCUGGAACAACUUCACCUGCUUAGACUGGAUCUUCAACCUCUCGCACAUCCCCUUCAUGCUGGCGGUCUGA